UGUUAGCAGGUUGGAUGCUAGCAGUGCACCAACAGUGAGGCUGAGCUUCACGGGCAUGACACAAGCCUUUUAAGAGCAACCUGUUGUCCUGUCGGUCAUAUUCCUCGGCUGUCCACAUCAACGGACUAACGUCCACACUCGAGCCGCCAUGACGACGCGUUCUGAAAGGGAAAAAGCCCAGAAACUGAAUGAGCGGCAUCAGGCCAUUCUGUCGAAACUGCUGAGAGAGGACGAGAACAAGUAUUGUGCUGACUGUGCGGCAAAAGGUCCUCGGUGGGCCUCAUGGAACCUCGGAGUGUUCAUGUGCAUCCGCUGUGCUGGCAUCCACCGCAACCUGGGCGUCCACAUUUCCAGAGUCAAAUCUGUCAAUCUGGACCAGUGGACCCCAGAGCAGAUUCAGAGUAUGGUGGACAUGGGUAACAGUCUGGCCAGACAGCUGUAUGAAGCCCACCUUCCAGAGAACUUCAGUCGGCCACAGACUGACCAGGCUGUGGAGAUAUUCAUCCGUGACAAAUAUGAGAGGAAAAAAUACUGUGACAAGGAGGCUCUGGCUACAGCUCUGGUGGAACGAGAAAAGAAGAAAGAUGAGAAGAAAAAAGAGGACUUUGACAAAGCUGAUCGACUCAACAUGAAGUCGGAGUCUAGAGCCAGUCCCAAGAAAAGUAAAGAGGCUGCUGUGGACCUUUUGGGCCUAGAUGUUCCAGAUGGUCAAGGUAAAGGUUCAACAAUCAGUGAUGAACUGGACAUCUUUGGACCAAUGAUCUCCAACCCUCUUCCUUCCUCCAACAACGCACAACAGGCUAAGCCUGAUUCCAAGAAAGCACCUGAGGCAUCAGAUCACUCCACCUCUUCAUCUUCCUCCUCUACCUCCACCUGUACCACCAUAAGGGCAGAGGAGAAAAAGCUCUUAUCUAAAGACUCUAUCCUGUCUCUGUAUGCCGCCACCUCAGUGGGCAGUCAGCCACACAGCCAGCAACAGCCUGCUACAGGGCACGGAAUACACAUUUGCCAGCCUCAAAUAACACAGCAGAGCUUCAACAGCACCAUGAUGGGAGGAGGGGUCAUGGUGUCAGGCAUGACUCUACCUAACGGCAGCUACAUGGACAUGCAGCAGAACAUGAUGUCAGCCAAACAAGGACAGAACUUCCACAGCAUUCAGCAAGGGCAGUGGAGUGUGGGCCAGUUAUCCCGGCAGAUGUCAGGCAUGGCCACAAAUGGAGGCGCGCCACCAUCAGGCGCCCCUGCAGCCAGUUGGUCCGCAGCACCAGCAGCUUCCGGACAGACCCUCAGCACUCAGCUGUGGAAGUGAGCAGCCCAGAAAAUUAGCAGUGCAGCCUGUGGCACCUACUUAACAACCCUCCACCGUAGCAUCCCCAAGGUUCCUUUAAAAAGCCAAGACAAUACACUGAGCGGGAAAAAAAAAAACAACAACAAAAAAACAC